CGAGAUCUCUCUCCGAAAGAAAUUGGAAGGGUUCCUUUGCAUCAUUGUACAUUACUAUUUGUAUCAUCAUUUGGACUAGGAAUUUUCUCGGUCUCCAGCAACUCUCGGCCUCAUCAGGAUUUCUCAGCUUCGAGCAUCAUUCAUAGCGACGUUGUUUUUGUACAGCUUCUUCUGUCCACGUCGGGUUUAGCAAACAGCUUUCAAGCCAUAUAGGAGUGCCUCAGCUUGUCUGCAACAUCCAAAGAAUCGAUCCCAGUCACGUGAACAGCUGCGCAGUGACCCGAUCACCGAGCCCACUGUCCACUGUCCACGCCCACUAGGCAUUGCGUGUUGCCCUUGCCAUCCAUUUCGACCCCUCAUUCAUCACAAUUUCGUGACAAUGGCUGUGCCCCGCUGUCUCAAUACUAAAAUUCACACCUUCACCCCGCGGAUUUCUUCUCGUCCAUCUCUUCUUCAACCUUUCUCUCAUCGAUCAACUACUCCUACGACUUUCAGAUUCUUCUCUUCUUCACCCGCCAACAUGACCAUCAAAGCCUGGUUCGACGUCGAAUACACCGACGCUGCUCUUGACAAAGCUAGAGCUGAUGCUGAACGAUCCGGUGGUGCUGUUCCUCCUCCCAAGCGGGGUCGUAUCAACUUCAACCUCUACGACGAUGUAGUUCCAAAGACUGCCGAGAACUUCCGUGCUCUCUGCACUGGCGAGAAGGGCUUUGGCUACAAGGGUAGCAAGUUCCACCGUAUCAUUCCUCAGUUCAUGUUGCAAGGUGGAGACUUCACCCGUGGUAACGGCACUGGUGGCAAGUCUAUCUACGGCGAGAAAUUCGCAGACGAGAACUUCAAGAUGCAACAUACCCGACCUGGUCUCUUGUCCAUGGCCAACGCAGGUCCCAACACCAAUGGCUCUCAAUUCUUCAUCACCACUGUCGUCACUUCCUGGUUGGACGGCAAACAUGUUGUCUUUGGUGAGGUUGCGGAUCAAGAAAGCAUGAAGAUUGUCCAGGACCUUGAGAAGACCGGUUCCGGUACUGGUCAAGUCAAGCUGCAAUUCAAGCCUACCAUUGUCGACAGUGGUGCUCAGUAGACAGACAGACAUGGCUGCAGUUGGCAAAACAAAAAGUGUGACCAGACAAAGACAUCCUUGAGCAUGCAUGCCACUCACAGAUACUGAUGAGAGGGCCGAAAAGCAGAUACAAAGUAAUAGGAGAAUGCAAAGUUGAUCCUAUCAAAAGAA